GUGGAGCUCCCUUCUCCUCCUGAGACGUGGGUGCAGAGCCCAAGAUGAAGAUUGAGUUCGCUCCCCUCUCGGUGCCACUGCACAGGAGGCUUCAGACGGCAUCCGUGGUCCAAUGGGUCUUCAGCUUCCUAGCUCUAGCACAGUGCUGCACAGCUGCCUUCAUUGCGCUCUUCUUCACCCGUUUUUGGCUGCUCUGCGUCCUCUAUGCCGUGUGGUGGUUCAAAGACAGGGAGAAGCCCAGCAAGGGUGGGAGGCGGAUCCAUGCCGUCCGGAACAGUGUCGUCUGGAGGUACAUGAGGGACUAUUUCCCCAUCACGCUGGUGAAGACGGCGGAGCUGGACCCUAGGCAGAACUACCUGAUGGGAUUUCAUCCCCAUGGGGUCCUGGCAACAGGAGCCUUUCUCAAUUUCUGCACGGAGGCAUCGGGCUUUUCCACGCUCUUCCCGGGCAUCACCCCACACCUGAUGAUGCUCUCCAUGUGGUUUCGCAUCCCCUUCUUCAGGGACUACCUGAUGAGUGGAGGCCUUGUCUCCUCGGACAAGGAGAGCGCAUCCUAUGUACUGAAGAACCCAAAGGGUGGGAAUGUGCUGGCCAUCAUCAUCGGUGGAGCACAGGAGGCGCUGGAUGCUCGGCCGGGAUCCUGCACCUUGCUGCUGAAGAACAGGAAGGGAUUUGUCCGCCUGGCCAUCGAGCAUGGCACCCCCCUGGUCCCGGUCUUUUCCUUUGGGGAGAAUGACCUCUUUGAGCAAGUGAGAAACCCCCAGGGCUCCUGGCUGCGGAGGGUCCAGCACCAGCUCCAGAAGAUCAUGGGCAUCUCACUUCCCCUCUUCCAUGCAAGGGGCAUCUUCCAGUACAGCUUUGGGUUGGUACCCUACCGUCGGCCCAUCUACACUGUAGUUGGGAAACCAAUUCCAGUGCAGAGGAACCACAAACCCUCUAAGGAAGAGGUGGAUCGAGUCCAUGAGAAAUACCUAAACGAAUUGAGCAAGCUCUUUGAGGAGCACAAAGCUAAAUAUAACAUCCCAGAAGACAGACACCUGGAAUUCAUAUAGAGCUCCUCAAGCAAGAUGAAAUCAUGGAGAUCAAGCUCCAAGUUUUCCCUUACCUCUGGAACAACCUCAGCUUCGUCACUGUUAACACAUGGUCUGUACAGUGUAGGGAGAAAGACUUUAUUUUCCCAUCACUUGCAUGGGUAUAGGGAAAGAGUUUCCAUCUUUUCUCCCUAUAGGACACAUAAAAGAUGUAAAGAAGAAAGGAUCCUAUCUGUGGCCAGCAUUACUCAAACACCCCAGCAGAAAACCCCCACUUCCAGUAUGGCUUGGAUGCCAGUUUCUCAAGGGAUUUCCAGGGAAAUAGGAAUUCCCCAAGGUUUCCUUUGCAUUAUAUUCAGUUGGAAAUGGAAUGAUGAGCCAUAAUUUCUGCUGAGUACAUCUGUCUUUUUAAAUGCAAUUUGUCUACAUCAACAAA